UUGACAACUUUGCAAAUUGGCCAAUACAUCCCUUCUGGAAAUUCUCUAGCUCAUGUUGAGGUUGGACUAGCGUCCUUUGAUAAUUCCACCCUUGAAAUUCUUGAAGAGAACAAACUCUGGCCAUAUGGUGUUCCAACAGACGGGACUCCCAGAGUCAAUAUCGUGACUGUAUCUCUGGGAAAUAUUGUAUGUUUUACUCUUCUCGGAGUAAUUGGAAUUUUCUAUGCACUGGCCUACAUGCUAUUCAACUACAUCAAUCGCCACAAGAAGGUUAUUCGUCUGUCGAGUCCUAACCUAAACUACCUCAUAGGAAUUGGUGCUAUCAUUCUCUACAUCAACAUUAUCACUCUGACAAUAAGACACUCAACUGAGGAAUCAUUGGCAGUUGUCUAUAAUAUGAACCCUUGGCUCACAAACAUUGGUUACUCACUCUGCUACGGGACCAUUUCCAGCAAGAUGAUACGAGUGUGGUACAUUUUCAACAAUCCUGUCCUCAGAAAGAAGUUUACUUUAAAGGACCACCAUCUUGGACUCAUUGUGGGAGUGUUCGUGGUGGUUGAUGUUGUUAUGUUGGGGACCUACACCAUAGUUGAGGGAGCCAGAGGAAACCUAAGAGCAGUACUCAUCAGAAGUGCUGAAAAUCCAGAGAGACGGAUCGGGGGUAAGAAAAGAGAGAACCCAACUGCAGAGGUUCACCACUAUUACUACUACGGGACCUCUUCAACUGGGCAGUUGAUUUGGUUUGCAAUCCUCAGUUUCGAGAAGGCUGUUGUCCAUGUCAUAGUCCUCUACCUGGCACUCCGCACUAGAAAAGUCAAAAUGAAAGGACUUGGUGAUUCCAAGUUCAUUAUCGCCGCCACUUAUUCCACGAGUAUUGUCCUAGUCAUGUCCCACAUUGGUAUCUACAGUUUAUACAAGGGGUUUCUCAACAUUUUCAUUGCUACUGUUGCUGGGAACUUUUUUAUUUCUACUACAACUAUUCUCUCCAUAGUUUUCAUACCAAAGAUACUCAUCCUGUGGAAGGACCCAACAGGGAAAGGAAGUUCAAGUUAUUUCACAAGGACGAUUGGAGGUGCUUUGGAGAGUGCUGAUGCAGCAGAUAGGGAGAGGGAGAAAAUGGUUCUUCAGAGGGAGAUAGAGCAAUUGGAAACUCAAUUGCAGAGUGGUGUGUGCACGGAAGCUGCGGCCGUAAGGGCAGAGAACGCUGCAGAUGAGGACAAGGCUAAUCACGCACCUAGUAGCUAG